CUCUGACAGAAGGAGGAGAAACCCCUCAGUGGACACGUGGCCGUAUCUGAUCUCUUCCUGCUGUCCCUUCUGGCAACUUCCAUGGGGAGAUGGGACCUGUUCCCUCCCAGAACCACCAUCUUGCCCCUGUGAGCAGAUGACACUCAAGUGCCCUAACCUGCUCUCAUCGGGCCUGCUUCUUUGGCAUCCCUGGGUAGUCCUUCAGCGCUUUCAUCCCAGUUGUGGUACUGCUGCAGCUGCGUCUCAAAGCAGGAACAGCUCUGCUAUCAAGACAGGCAGCACAGGGCCAGGCCUUUCCCAUGGACCCUCUUCAGGACAACCCGACGGCAGCAGCAGGGCUGCUCUCCUAAGCUGUGGGGGGCCUGGGCUCCCCAUCCUUCGGGAGGAGCCAUGGUGUUUAGGAGCAGCGAGGGCAGCUCCCUGAAGUGGCAUGGCCCGGGAGGGGGCGGUGCUUGCACAGGCCCCCUAGGCAUGCUCAGAGCCACCCUGCUGCUUGUCAGCCUGCUGUGGGGGGCCCGGGGAACAGCCAGUGCCAAUCUCAGCACAGCUGCGGGCCGCACCGUGCCCCUGACGGGGGGCCGCUACCUGAGCAUUGGGGAUGGCUCCGUGAUGGAGUUUGAGUUCCCAGAAGAGAGCGAGGGCAUCAUCGUCAUCUCAAGCCGGUACCCGGGCCAGGGCAACAGGACAGGGCCCAGCCCCGUGCUCAGGGUCACCUCCCUGGACACAGAGGUGCUGACCAUCAAGAAUGUGAGCGCCAUAGCCUGGGGCAGUGGGGGUGGCUUUGUGGCGAGCAUCCACUCAGGCGUGCCUGGGAUAGCCCCACUCCACAUCCAGCUCGUGGACCCCCAUGAGGCCCCGCCCACACUGCUGGAGGAGCGGAGAGAUUUCUGCAUCAAGGUCUCAGCUGCUGAAGACGGCCGCGCCACCCUCGGCGCUGAGCUGCUCCAUUUCUCAGAGAGCCCCAUCCUCUACUUGCUCCUGCCUCUUAUCUUCGUCAACAAGUGUUCAUUUGGGUGCAAAGUGGAGCUCGGGGUUCUGAAGGGGCUCCUGCACAGCCCCCAGCCCAUGCUGCUGGGCCUCCUGGGCCAAUUUCUGGUCAUGCCCUUCUAUGCUUUUCUGAUGGCAAAGGUCUUCAUGCUGCCCAAGGCCCUGGCCCUGGGCCUCAUCAUCACUUGCUCCUCGCCCGGCGGUGGGGGGAGCUACCUCUUCAGCCUCCUCCUUGGAGGGGACGUCACCCUGGCCAUCUCCAUGACUUUCAUCUCGACAGUGGCUGCCACCGGGUUCCUGCCUCUGUCCUCAGCCAUCUACAGCCGCCUGCUCAGCAUCCACGAAACACUCCACGUGCCCAUUUCCAAGAUCCUGGGGACCCUGCUGUUCAUCGCCAUCCCCAUAGCAGCAGGCGUGGUGAUCAAGUCCAAGCUCCCCAAGUUCUCACAGCUACUGCUGCAAGUCAUCAAGCCCUUCAGCUUCGUGCUGCUCCUGGGUGGCCUCUUCCUGGCCUACCACAUGGGAGUUUUCAUCCUGGCGGGUGUCAGGCUGCCCAUUGUGUUGGUGGGCCUCACGGUGCCCCUGGUUGGCCUCCUGGUGGGCUACUGCCUGGCCACGUGCCUGAAGCUGCCAGUGGCCCAGCGGCGGACCGUCAGCAUCGAGGUGGGGGUGCAGAACAGCCUGCUGGCUUUGGCCAUGCUGCAGCUGUCCCUCCGCCGCCUUCAGGCUGACUAUGCCUCCCAGGCUCCUUUCAUUGUGGCGCUGAGCGGCACCUCGGAGAUGUUGGCCUUAGUUAUUGGCCACUUCAUCUAUAGCAGCGUGUGCGCAGUUCCCUGAGGCCCCAGGUCAAGCUUUUGCCACUCCUAGCUCCCAGCCUAUACCCACUGUCCCCACAGUUCUUGUGUACCAAAGGCCUUUAGUUCUCAUGCACUAUGCACUCAGAAAAAUCCAGGCUUAUUUUUUUUACUCGUUUUUUAUUCUCCAGCUUUCAGUGCCAAAGAGGCCAUGCUGAGUUCGGUAUGUGGGCACUGCCCAGAAAAUAUAUUUCAAUAAAAGAGAAAAGCGAGCUUGGG